GACAGUGUAACCCGGAAACGGCAUCCACGGCAACAACAGGUUGGCUCCUAGCCUUUUUAAGCUAGGUAGUGAAAUGAAAACAAGCAGAAAGGAAACUUGAGAUGCCCUCAAGACAACAUCUUUAAGAUAUAAAAUUAAAACCAACGUGCCGGAAAAUGCGUGGCUCUGACGUGAAGUGGACGAUGCGCUACCAGCGCUACAUCUGUGUUUUUCUCUUGGGUUUGUUCUGCUGUGGAUAUCUGCCGUGUGUGACUGCCUGCCAAAAAGAGCCAGAGACUCCAGACUGGCGGAUGACUCUAAAAACUAUCCGUAACGGAAUACACAAGAUCGACACGUACCUGAAUGCAGCACUGGACUUGUUUGGUGGCGCUGACGGCUUGUGUCAUUAUAAGUGCAGUGAUGGUUACAAGCCGGUGCCACGUCCCGGCUACAAGAACCCACCACCCAACGGAUGUGGCUCCCCACUGUUUGGAUUUAAGUUCGACAUAGGCAUCCCAUCGAUGACCAAAUGUUGCAACCAACAUGACCGCUGCUAUGACACCUGCGGCCGCGAGAAGCACGACUGCGAUGAACAGUUCCAGGACUGUCUCGAAACCAUUUGCAGGAAUGUGCAAAGGACUCUGGGAUUGGCCCAGAGUGUCCAAGCUUGUGAGUCAGCAGUGACUCUGCUGUUUGACGCUGUUAUGCACAUGGGAUGUAAGCCGUACCUGGACAGCCAGAGGGACUCUUGUGUGUGUCAGUAUGAGAUGAAGAGAGAACUGUGACGCUGCCACGGGAACAAGAUGGAGAAUAGACUGGUUUUAAAAGCACAACACUGACAGAAGGAUGCAAGCAAUAUACUUUUUUUUAGAUGUUCUCAGGGAUAGAGCUUCUUUGGCCUGCACUGACUUGUGUUCAUCACCUCCUCUUAUUGGAGUUUUCAAAUGAUGAAAAUAUCUAGUGGAUAAUUAAUAUAUUUCUCAUGCAGUUGAUUAUUUAUAUUUUGUUAAUAUAGUGCAAUGUGUUUGUCCUGUGAUAGACUGGACAGAUGGUCUCCAGGGUUACUCUUGCUGUUGGAUACACUUUAUUUUAUUGGUUCGUCAAUUCUAAUUAAAAUAAAAUAAAUACAUUUGGCACUGAUUGUGGAUAAAAUAGAGAGCUGCUCUUUGAUGGAAAUUUGUCUAAAAACAACUAAGCUAACUAAAUUAACAGCCUCAGAACUUGGUAUUUGUUUCCCUGUAAUUAGUAUCAAAUUUAAAUAGUCCUGUCUAGGAAACAGUCAAGAAAUGAUCAGGAAGUAAUUACCUGUAAAGUAAAACCUUCCCGCCCCCUACCCAUGAUAACACUAAUAGGAUGUGAUGAAUAUUAAUUAAAUUAUGUCUGUUUCUACAGCAUUUGAAACAAUUGUGGUUCUCCUGUUUGAAAAUGUGUAAAAUAUUUGUAUAUUGUCGCAUUUCAGGGAAUUCGCUGUGGAGAAAACUUGUGUUAAACUGUCUUUAAAAUAAAGAAACAUGUUUUUAUUGCUAA